UUUUUAUUUAUUUCUUUGUUUCAUGUUCAUAAAACAACAACAAUGGUGGAUAAUUGAAGAAGUGUGAACGUUAGGAUGAGCGGAUGACAUUUCCAGUCACAGUUACCAGACCGAGAGCACCGGUGAAUCAACAGGGGGAGGAUGAAGCGGCGCAAUGCGGACUGCAGCAAACUCCGACGGCCGUUAAAACGGAACCGAAUCACCGAGGGUAUAUAUAGCAGUACGUUCCUGUACCUGAAGUUCCUGGUAGUGUGGGUGUUAGUUCUGCUGGCCGACUUCGUGCUGGAGUUCAGGUUUGAGUACCUGUGGCCCUUCUGGCUUUUUAUUCGAAGCGUCUACGACUCCUUCAGAUAUCAGGGACUGGCGUUCUCUGUGUUCUUCGUAUGUGUGGCGUUUACGUCAGACAUCAUCUGCCUCCUCUUCAUCCCAGUCCAAUGGCUGUUUUUCGCUGCCAGCACCUACGUAUGGGUCCAGUAUGUCUGGCACACAGAAAGAGGAGUCUGUCUACCCACUGUAUCGCUGUGGAUCCUGUUUGUGUACAUCGAAGCUGCCAUACGGUUCAAAGAUCUGAAGAACUUUCACGUAGACCUGUGUCGACCCUUCGCUGCUCACUGUAUCGGCUAUCCUGUGGUGACUCUGGGCUUCGGCUUUAAGAGCUACGUUAGCUACAAGAUGCGACUGAGGAAGCAGAAGGAGGUGCAGAAGGAGAAUGAAUUCUACAUGCAGCUUCUACAGCAGGCUUUACCGCCGGAGCAACAGAUGCUGCAGAGACAGGAGAGGGAGGCAGAGGAGGCUGCUUUAGCUAAAGGGAUCUCCGAGGUAGAACCCGCAGUAAUAUCCCAAAAUGGAGCACCUCCUGGAAAGAAAAGCACCUCAGUCCCGCUACCAGAACUGGAGUACCGGGAAAAAGGGAAGGACAGUACUGGCAAAGAGCGUGAGGGCAAAAAACAAAACACAAUUGGAAUCAAUAACAACAGUAUUAUACACGCACUGGACUCCAAACUACAGGAGACAGAGUACAUAGAGAACUACGUCGGAGCAAAGAGACUGAAUAAUGACCUGGCAGCAGAGAACACACACGCCGACGCCAACACACACUCCACUUCCAAAGAGGAAGUGGGGGGGAUGGGGAAGAACUACAAAAAUGCCAGCGGAGGCGGGGGAAACAUUCCCAACUCGUCUCCACGGAAUCACAGUUCUUCAAACGGCAGCGUCCCGCCAGGUUCCUCCACCAGUAAGAAUGAGAAGAAGCAGAAGGGGGCAGGGAAGGGGCAGAAGGAUCCAGUGGAGAACUGCAUCCCAAACAACCAGCUGGGCAAGCCGGAUGCGCUCGUACGGCUGGAGCAGGAUGUGAAGCGUCUGAAGGCAGAUCUUCAGGCCAACAGGCAGCUGGAGUCAGAGCUGCGGAGUCAGCUCUCCUCUCUGAGCAGCCAGGACCGCAGCCUACGCUCUGAACUGGGCCAGCUCCGCCAGGACAACGAGCUGCUACAGAACAAGCUCCACAGUGCCGUCCAGGCCAAGCAGAAGGAUAAGCAGACCAUCUCCCAGCUGGAGAAGAGGCUGAAGGCUGAGCAGGAGGCUCGAGCCCUCGCUGAGAAACAGCUGGCCGAGGAGAGGAAGAGGAAGAAGAUGGAGGAGGCCACUGCUGCCAGAGCCGUGGCAUUAGCUGCUGCCACCAGAGUGGAGUCGACGGACUCUCUGCGUGGUCGCAUCAGAGAGCUGGAGACGGAGUGUAAGAAGCUCAGCAUGGACAUGAAACUUAAGGAGGAGCAGAUAAGGGAUCUGGAGGGCAAGUGUCAGGAGCUGAGGAAGUAUAAAGAGAAUGAGAAGGACACAGAGGUGUUGAUGUCCGCACUGUCAGCCAUGCAAGAGAAGACCCAGCACCUGGAGAACAGCCUGAGUGCUGAGACCAGGAUCAAACUGGACCUCUUCUCUGCACUGGGGGACGCCAAGAGGCAGCUGGAGAUAGCACAAGGCCAGAUCCACCAGAGGGAGCAGGAGAUCGCGGAGCUGAAGCAGAAGAUAGCAGAGGUGAUGGCAGUGAUGCCCAGCCUGUCCUACUCAUCAGACGGCAGCAACCUCAGCCCCGUCACCCCGCACUACUCCUCAAAGUUCAUGGACAAUAGUCCCUCCUCCCUGGACCCCAACGCCUCAGUCUACCAGCCCCUCAAAAAGUGACUCUGACAUCCACACUUUUGUCAGACAGAACUUUGUCUUCUUUCUUUCGGUGAAGCUCUCAGUUCUGGUUUGGGUUAUUUUUUGAGUUUACCAGCCCCUGACAGUUUUUGCACUCUAAUGUACCACACACAGACACACACAGCGCACACAACCCGUCCAUACAUAUGUGUAUUUGGCUUCUUUCUAUUUCGGUUCUGUUAUCAGAACUAUUAUUUUGAGCGGGUUGUGAACAAUCUGAUUCUUUUGUUGUUGGGAUUUAGCCAUUAGACAGCGUGAUCUGUUUGAAGGGGGAGAAAGGAACACACAGUUUGUUGGCCAAAUGUCUACUGAAGAACCGUCAUGCUUCGCUUCAUGUCAGUCUUCUGUUGGUGUCGGUACAUAAAUCCCCCCACAGCCAUAUUUUCUUGUAUAGUGAACUGAUACACAUUUAAUUUCAGAACAAUUGGCUUUUCAUGACUGUUUGGUAGGCGCAGGAUGCUGUAAGUUUUCAGUUUAGUUUGAGUCUGAAACUCGCCUGUAAAGUUUAGCCCAGCGAGAGAUACAUGAAUGUAAAACGAUUCAUGUUUUGCUUAAAUCAGUGAUUGUUUGUUUUGUAAUGUUUCAGUUCAGUUACGACAAUGUAUGUUUGUUCUAAACUAGUGAUACUGAACUGAUAAACGUUCGCUGUGUCCUUCAGAUAUUCCGACCCAGUUCAUCCUCUUAAAGAGUAACUUCAGUAUUUUUCAGCCUGGACCCUUUUUUCUCAUGUUCUUGUGUCUGAGUGACUCAUGGCAGCAACAGUUUUGAGACUGAUGCCGUACUUAGUGAGAUCACUGCAGGCAGCAGCAGAGAAACAGACUUUGAUGUGCAAUUGAGCACCAUGAAUUUACGUCCACUGAAAGUGUUUGUUUUUGCCACUGACAGGCUCGGAUUGUCACUAUGAAUGUCUUCACAGACAUAGUCCUUGUUGUUGAUGAGUAAGAUCUCUGCUUUUAAACCAGAAACAGGCUCAAAAUCACUGCUGUCAACACCUCCAGACUCCAUUUACAAAAACAGUAAUUUUAUCAUCAUAGAACACGCUUGAUUCAAAGUCCAUAGGAGCAAAAUAAAACUCACACAAGCUGUCCUGGUUCAUUUCCCACUGUACAUGCUAAAAUUGCUGUUUAUGUGAAUGGAGUCUGGUGGAUUUGGUGAUGGUGAUUUUGGGGCUGUUUCUGGUUGGACAAAAGGGGAUGUAUCCCUGUAUGGAUCAUUUUCAUAAGUUCUCAGACACUCAAGGCAGAUCUAUACUAUCUAUACUUGUGCAGUGGUGUGUCUGUGUCACUCUGCAGUUACACCUCCAAAACACUAGUUGGCGGCAGGGUUUUUGUGAAGUGCUGUAAAGUUUAGUUGAUUCAAAACACACAUUAAACACACAUUAAACAUGGCUUAGUAGAGACAGUUUCAAACACAAAUCAGCUUCACUAUAACAAACACUUGUCUUUAUCUGGACACAUUUUCCAAACAAAUACAACAUGCUAGCGUUAUUAGCACAAGCCUAUGACAUUUUACAUUGUAUAAAUUAGCCUAGCAGCUAGCAGGCUAAUUUCCUUUACUCAUAUGAAGUCAGGAUAAAUCACACACAAGACUUAUAUUUUACGCCUCAUGUUUUGCAACCUGCGCAACUCGUUCUGUGUUAUCGAGGCCUUGGUGGACACAAACUGACGGUGCUCAGUUGCCUUAAGUGUUUACAUUGCAGUUGUUUUUGCUGCCACCAACUGCAGCCCUCCUGCUAAACACUGGACCAUUUACAAAACUUGUCGGUCCAAUUAGUGACUUAGACUCAAAAACAUGGGGACAUUUGAUCCAGGUCGAAAAAAUAGCAAAGUUGCCCUUUAAUGCUGGAAUAGUGAAGUCUCCAGGAUUAUCAGUUGGUGGAUGAAGCAGAUGGAGUUCUGUCCUAAAAUAAAUGCUACUGCUAGAUUUGGCCUGGCACUGCCAAAACGUUAGCGUCCACCUGUUUGCUGCAGACACCUCUCUUCUCCCUCUGGACCAAAUUAGAACCCGUUAGGCCAUAAUGUUCACUGGAUUUAAUGAUGUCGAGGUAACUGGUCGUUACCGUUAUCUGCAGAUUUUUCAGUGCCUUGCAGUUUCUCUUUCUAAGAUGCAGAAACCACAUACUUUGCAAUCCUGGGAUCUAAAAGCAUCAAGCUUCAAAGCUGCGUUUCUCUCUCCAGCUCCGAUUCGCCGGGUUUCCAUCCGAGAUUCUUCCCAUUCUGAUCGGUAUUUAUAAAACAAGUCAGUGUCAGCUCAGACACGUUGAUCCCAAUGUUACAGACUUAAAGGGAAAACAUAACACUGGACACAGUACACGUCAUUUCAUGGUGACACAGUCUUGGUACGCCAAACACCAACCAAACUGAUUGUCUAUUAUCGUGCCGAGAGUCGGCAUUUAGUUGUUUACAACAAUGUACAUUAACCCACUGAGGAAUGUUUGUUUAUUAUUUCAUUUCAGUUCUUAAGUGCCAAGUGUUGAUGUUCGGUUUCCAUCCAUGUUUGAUCGAUGUAGCUAGCGUAAUGUUUUCAGAAGAGUGCUGUUAUUUUAUUUUGUUGUCAUUAGAACAUAUUCAGACGGUGUUGUGUUUACAAGGUUCUGGGCUGAUCUCAGCAGCUGCUCAGUUGGACUCAUGGUGUUAUUCACACGUUUAUUUAUUUGUUACAGACUUUUAUUGAGUGGCACCUCCUAGAUAUUUCCCAUCAUUCAGUUGGUUUCCUAUGUUCUGUUUUUUUUCUACCAGGAAGGAUUCUGUGAAUGUGUUGUGUUGGGAAAAGGUUGCCCCUGAACCAUUUGACCAUGUCGUGCUGUCAUGUUGCCUACUUGGAAAAAAAAAAGUAUUAUUUGUGGAUCGCUCUGGUGUUGUGACUUCAGUUCUCAAGUUGCUUUUAUAAGUUUGUGUCGAAGGAAGAGAAGGUUUUAAAAAAAGAAGUGCUUUGUUUUAUCUUUUCAUUGCUCCACCAUGUUUGUUUUCUUUACUCAAAGUGAUGGUGGCUGUGUCACACUUUUUACGUUGGCCAUCACUAUUAAAGAAAGUCUUGCUGGUGGCAAUGCAAGCUGUUCAGUCUGUGUAC